CUAAUAAAUAUUAAAUGCAAGUCAUGCUGUUUGUUGCGUUAUUUUGACAAUUAUUUGUGCAUUUCUAAUUGCUUUAAGAAUGUCAUUUUUCGACUUUUUUCAAAAAUUUUUUGGUGUGACACGUCGUAAUGAGCCUAGUACAAACAGAUUUGGUGAUUAUGAUUCACAUCAAGAAAAUUUUCGAAAUCCAAUUUGGCAGAGUGAUGAAGAUGAUGAUGACGAUGAUAUAAUUAACUUUCAGCACCCGGAAAACAGUUUGCAUUUCAGCAUCUCUAGCAAUCCACUCGAAAUGAUGUUUUACUUUGAUUCCCAAAUAGAUAAUAUGUUGAAAAAUUUUUUUAAAUUUAACAACACUUUUUUUGAUGAUAAAGCUAUUACAUUACCAUUUACUGGACCUGAGAAGAAUGACAAUUUACGGGACAGAAUGCUGAAAUCCGAGCCUGAUACAUUUGCCAUCGCAGAUGUACCAAUAGAAAACAAAGUAGACACAGAUUUAGAUGGAAGAUCGCCUGUAGAAUUUUCAAAAAUGUGGAAUAAAGAAAAUAUGGAAAUAACAAAACCUUCCAUAUCAACUUUCUCAAUAGGAAAAUCUGUUAGAAAGGAGAUUAUUCGUAGAGCUGAUGGAACUAUUGAGAAAAAGCAUGUAAUCAGAGAUAGUGAAGGCAAUGAGGAGACAAUUAUUUCAAAAGAAGCAGACAACAAAACAUAUGUUGUUACUAUAAAAAAAGAUAAAAAUGGCAUUGAAACAAGAUCUGAGGAUUUAUUUAAUAUGGAUGAAAAUGAAUUGAAAGACUUUAAUCAAAAGUGGGACUCUUCUGUAAAAGACAACAUAAGUGGACACAACUCGACUUAUCGUUUUCCAUGGGAAAAGUUUUUCGGCCCCAAUCCAAAAUUAUAGCAAGAAAUAAAAAAAUUAUAGUCUUUGUUCCUAGUCUUUAAUACAUCUCCUGUAUGUAAUGUACGAAUACUAAUAAAUUAAAUGAAAUAAUAAAUGAACUAAUAAAUUAAUUGAAUCAACAA